GUGCCGCUGAACGCCGUGGAGCGUUUUGUUGUCAUGCCGCUGCCUUCCUUCCGCUCCGUGCAGCACACACAGCAGGGAAAUGUGCUCAUAAACGUCCUGAUAAAAGCAGAUUUACUUCACUUUGGUUCAUGAACAGAUAAUUUUAUAACCGAGGCUGAAACCCAAGCAUGUCUCUGUACGACGACCUCGGGGUGGCGGCCAGCGACACCAAGACGGAGGGCUGGUCCAAAAACUUCAAGCUGCUGCAGAGCCAGCUGAAGGUGAAGAAGGCGGCGCUGACCCAGGCCAAGACCCAGAGGAUGAAACAGGCCACUGUUCUGGCUCCGGUCAUCGAUUUGAAGCGAGGCGGCUCCAGUGACGAGCGACAGAUUUCAGACACGCCGCCGCACGUCGCCGCCGGACUCAAGGACGCCGUGCCCAGUGGUUUCUCCUCGGGCGACGUGCUGAUCCCGCUGGCGGACGAGUACGACCCGAUGUUCCCCAACGACUACGAGAAGGUGGUGAAGCGACACCGAGAGGAGCGCCAGCGGCAGAGAGAGCAGGAGAGGCAGAAGGAGAUCGAGGAGAGGGAGAAGAAGAGGAAGGAGCGGCACGAGGGCGGAGCGCCGAGCGGAUUCUCCCGCUUCCCGGCGGCGGAGGGCGACUCAGACGAGGAUGAGGAGUACGAGAAGGAGAGGAGGAAGAGGAGUAUGGGUGGAGCAGCCAUCGCCCCUCCCUCCUCUCUGGUGGACAGAGACGGCUCGUCUUCGUACUCGUACGACGACGAGGGCCGACCCGGCCGAGGCUCCAAGGCCGCCAUCCCCCCGCCCGCCUACGACGACUCGGACCGGCCGCGCUCGCCGCCUGGACCCACCAACUCCUUCCUGGCCAACAUGGGAGGUACGGUGGCCCAUAAGAUCAUGCAGAAGUACGGCUUCAGGGAGGGCCAGGGCCUGGGGAAGCACGAGCAGGGCCUGAGCACCGCGCUCUCCGUGGAGAAGACCAGCAAGAGGGGCGGCAAGAUCAUCGUGGGCGACGCCGCCGAAAAACCAGGAUCCAGCCAGUCAGGUGCUGCUGAGGCUUCAGGCGGAGGCUCUGCAGCGGACUCCUCCAAGAAGACGGAGGCCAAUCCGCUCACAGAGAUCCUCAAGUGCCCGACCAAAGUCGUCCUGCUGCGGAACAUGGUGGGCCGAGGGGAGGUGGACGAAGACCUGGAGGGCGAGACGAAAGAGGAGUGCGAGAAAUACGGCAAAGUGAUCAAGUGUGUUAUUUUCGAGAUCGCCGGCGUGACAGACGACGAGGCCGUCAGGAUAUUUCUGGAGUUUGAGAGGGUGGAGUCGGCCAUCAAAGGUCCGUAUUUUCUGUUUUUGUUGGUUUGUUUUGGUUUACUUAACACACCAAAAGCCAUAAUCAAGAAUAAAUCAGAUGUCUACAACUUCACACACAUAAGGAAAUUUGGAAACCAUUUCAUUUUGAAAUCAAAAUCAAGUCAUGUGAAGUGGAGGCUCAGAAAAGUUUGAAGUUUUUUGAAAUUGAAAGUCCCGGAAGAUUCAUCAGUAGCAUCACUAACACUUGCAUUUCCCCAUUGCCAUGAGGAACGCCACAUGUUUUUUUUUUAGUGUGACAAUAAAGAUGUCAGACUAAAUAGUGUUUAUCCCAAACUCCUGGAACCUGACACAAAAACACCUGCUGAGUUCCUCUGUUGAUGCUCCAGAGCUGAACCAGUUCCAGCGUGGAUGUGUUUCCCCCUCAUCAUUCCACUUUUCUCUUUGUCGUACGUCUUAAAUACAUAAGCGUCUGGUAUUUUUGGAUUCUUCUUGUGUCAACUUUAUGUAAUAGCAUGUCUUCUUUUUUUCUCUGCCAUUGUGUAACUGCUCCAUUAAUGUGUGUGAAAGUGUGUCCCACUCUAAAUUGGUCGACCCAGAUCAGAAAGAAGGUGAGACUCCUCUCCCCGAGGUGUUACAUCACACCUGGCCCUGCGGCGCUUACAUCACAGCUCUGUUGAAACAGGACAGCCCAAAAACCAAAACCCACGGCGUAAUUAUGAGGAAGAAGAGUGACAUGUGAUGUGUGUGUGUGUGUGCAGGCGGUAGUGAUGAGAUACUUCUGGUGGGCCUUCCUGGCAGGUCUGAGGUCAGCUGGUCAGGAUUCAGCGUUUAGUUUGAAGACACUUUGAACGCAGCUGCUACAGAUUUCCCUCUGUGAUCGCAUGAACUGAAGACGUCACGUCAGAGAGCGGCCCCCGAAUUUGGCUCUCAGAGAGUAACUGGACAAAAAAAAAUUGAGCUCCAGCUGAAGCUUCUUACUCAACAAAACUCAUCAUCAUCGCCAACAUCAUCCUCAACUCUACCAGUGAAGCUUCUGUUUCAAAAUUAAUCCCACAACUCAGUUCCCCUGAGCUGUAUUUCUGCAUUUCUCAAAGGUUUAAUGUAUCACUACUGGGAAAUCUGGGACCCUGCCAAAAUAUCUUUAUCUGUUCUAAUUAUACUUAUCAUGCAUGUUGAGCGAAAUAUAUCAGAAUAUUUCACAUUUGUGCAGUCCAGUACAGCUCAGACAUGUUGGAUCGCUGAUCUGUGUCACUGAUAAUGUCUUAGCAGUCCCCUAGUUACACCAUAGCAACCAUCCAGUAAUAGUAUGGCAAAUAUGAGUACUCACCUAGUAACCACUUACAUAGUAACACUACAGUAGCCAUUA